AUGUUUAAUGAAGUGUGUAAAUCAAUUAAUACGAUCGAUGAAUAUUAUGCUGGUGAUCUGAACAUCGCGGGAGAAAAAAAUUCUAGGAAUUUAUUAAAUUUCUUAAUCUCUAAUAAUAACUGUAGUAGUGAUGACCCCAAAAUUAUCUCUGAUUUUAUAGCAUUGCUAAUUUUAUUUAAUGGUAUUGGUAGUGAUGAGAAUUUAGAUAGUGAUAAACUUGUUGAAUACGCUAUUUUAUGGUUAAGUUAUAAUAUAAAUCAAAAAAAAGGAAAUGAAACGACCAGAUUAGACGAUUUUCAUAGUGAACAUAUAAAAAGAAAUGAUUGUUAUAAUGAGAAUAUAUCUGCUGAUAGUAAUAGUGGUAAUAAGAUUUAUAUGGAAGUUAUAGAUACAAAAAUAGAAUCGAUGAAUAUUGACAUUAAAGAUAUAUCUAAUUUUUAUGAUGCAUUUAAAUCAUUAUGUAACAUGUAUAGUGAAAUUGGUGCAGAAGACUACCAAUGCAACAAAUGUUUAGAAAAUGCUAGAGAAUUGUUUGAAAAAUAUGAAAAACUUAAAAAUGCUUUAUAUAUUGAUAAAGGAAGUUCUUAUUUACAACUAUUGUCUAGUUUAUCAAAUGAUUAUAAUAUUUUUAAACAGGAAUAUAAUAUUAAGUGUGGUAAUGACUCAUCAUUUGUAGCUUGUCCACGAAGUUCAAUAAUAAAAAAUAUACUAAUUACAAUUGCAAUUAUAUUUGCUGCAUCAUCGAUUUUAUUGGGAGUUUCUUAUAAGUAUUCAUUAUUUGGGUUUCGGAAACGAUCUCAAAAAAAAAAAUUAAGAGAAAUGCUAAAAAAAUAA